CGCCGCUCGGCAUUGGUCCCGCCCCUCUUGGACGACGCUGGGAUGCGGCAGCAUCAGUAGGAGCGGCAGGACUCCAUUCAGCAGCUGUCCGCCACGGAGCGGCCUGUCGACACCUUACGGUGAGGAUGGCCAAGGUGAAGCAGGUGGGCCUCCUGGCAGCAGGCUGUCAGCCCUGGAACAAAGAUGUGUGUGCAGCUAGUGGAGACCGCUUCGCCUACUGCGCUACGCUGGCCAUCUACAUCUACCAGCUGGAUCAGCAGUACAAUGAAUUCAAGCUGAGGUCCAUCAUGUCGGAGCACAAAAAGACCAUAACAGCCAUCAGCUGGUGUCCCGACAACCCGGAUCUGUUUGCGUCAGCCUCCGCCGACAAUCUGCUUAUUAUUUGGAACGUAGCUGAGAAAAAGGCAGUGGCGAGGCUGGACAACACUAAAGGCGUCCCUGUGUCCGUCAGCUGGUGCUUGAACUCCACUGAAGGAGUGGCGUUCGUCUCCCAGCGCGGUCCGCUCUACAUCUGGGAUUACAGAGGCUCUGACCCGGGGGUCACCGUCCACAAGGAAGCCCACUCCUUCCUCUCUGAUAUCUGUCUGUUCCGAUGGCACCCCACCAAGAAGGGAAAGCUGGUGUUUGGACACACAGAUGGAAGUUUGUCUGUUUUUCAGCCGGGGAGUAAAAGCCAGAAGCAUGUGCUGCGUCCGGAGUCUUUAGAGGGGACGGAUGAAGAGGACCCCAUCAGUGCCCUGGAGUGGGACCCCCUGUCAACCGACUACUUACUAGUGUCAAACCUCCAUAACGGCAUCAGGCUGGUGGACAGCGAGGGUCUGGCAUGCAUCACGUCCUUCUGUUUCCCCUCGGCUGCUGCAUCCGUUCAGUGUUUGGCCUGGGUCCCAUCGGCUCCCGGCAUGUUCAUUACUGGAGAUUCACAGGUUGGAGUAUUAAGAGUGUGGAACGUGUCUCGGUCCACUCCGUUGGACAGCUUUAAGCUGAAGAAGACAGGGUUUCAUGCCCUGCACGUCCUCAACUCCCCUCUGACCAAAAAAGCUCAGAGCGCCUGUUCUCCCGGUAAAAGCCAGCACACCAGUUCCACCAGCGAGGCUGUCCCCCCACCGACUCUGUCCCAGAACCGGGCCUUCUCUCUGCCGCCCGGCCAUGCGGUCUGCUGCUUCAUGGAUGGUGGUGUUGGACUCUAUGAUAUGGGAGCCAAGAAGUGGGAUUUCCUACGUGACCUGGGUCAUGUAGAAACUAUCUUUGACUGCAAGUUCAAACCAGAUGAUCCCAACCUCCUGGCAACGGCUAGUUUUGAUGGAACAAUAAAAAUCUGGGACACCAACACGUUGACGGCUGUACAUACCUCACCAGGCAACGAAGGAGUGGUUUACUCGCUGUCCUGGGCUCCAGGUGACCUGAACUGCAUCGCAGGAGCAACAUCUCGUAACGGAGCAUUUAUCUGGGACGUCAGGAAAGGAAAAAUCAUUACCCGCUUUAACGAGCACGGUAAAAAUGGCAUAUUCUGCAUCUCAUGGAGCCACAAAGACUCCAAGAGGAUCGCCACGUGCAGCGGAGACGGUUUCUGCAUCAUCCGAACCAUCGAUGGGAAGAUACUGCAUAAGUACAAACAUCCUGCUGCUGUUUUUGGCUGCGACUGGAGCCAGAACAACAAGGACAUGAUUGCGACCGGCUGUGAGGAUAAGAAUGUGCGGGUUUACUACCUGGCCACCAGCUCAGAUCAGCCUCUGAAGGUUUUCACAGGACACUCGGCCAAGGUUUUCCAUGUUCGAUGGUCUCCGCUCAGAGAGGGGAUUCUGUGCUCCGGAUCAGAUGAUGGCACGGUCCGGAUCUGGGACUACACUCAGGAUGCUUGUAUCAACGUGCUGAGCGGUCACACAGCUCCGGUCCGAGGCCUGAUGUGGAACACCGAGGUUCCUCACCUCCUCAUCUCAGGUUCCUGGGAUUACACCAUCAGAGUGUGGGACACCAGAGACGGGACGUGUCUCGAUACGGUCUACGACCACGGAGCCGAUGUCUAUGGUUUGACGUGCCACCAGAGCCGUCCCUUCACCAUGGCCAGCUGCAGCAGGGACAGCACGGUCAGGCUGUGGUCCCUCACGCCCCUCAUCUCUCCUCUGCUGCUGAACAUCCUGACUGAGCAGCCGUGGGAGAAGAUAAUCGGAAACACAGACAAGGCGAUGGUCCCCGGCUCGCCUCCGCUACUCUGUGGGAAGGUGUCCAGAGACAUCAAGCAGGAGCUGGAUAAACUGAGCGGGAACGCCAGGGCCAGGAAGCUGCGCUGGUUUUCUGAGUGCUUCUCUCCUCCAGGGGGCAGCGGUAACCUGUGGGACCUGGUCUUCGUUAUAAACGGUCAGGACGACUCGCUGCUUCCUGCCAGCUACAGUAAAGGAGUGAUGCACAUGAAACACCUGGUCAAGUUUAAAACGUCUGAAGCUCAGGAGCUGACGAUUGUUAAGAUGUCCAAGUUUGGAGGAGGCAUCGGAGCUCCCAGUAAAGAGGAGCGUCUGAAAGAAGCAGCGCAGAUCCAUCUGAGACUGGGCCAGAUCCAGAGAUACUGUGAGCUGAUGGUGGAACUGGGAGAGUGGGAGAAAGCCUUAUCUGUGGCACCCGGAGUCUCCAUGAAGUACUGGAAGAAACUCAUGCAGAGACGAGCCGAUCAGCUGAUGGCCGAGGAUAACGACGACGCCAUCCCGUACUGCGUCGCCACCGGGGACAUUAAAAAACUCGUGAGCUUCUUCACCAGCAGAGGGCAGCUGCUGGAAGCCUUACUGAUCGCACAGGGUGCGUGCGAAGGGAACAUCCGUCCACCGCCGACUUCCUCCAUUAACCACACAGCCAACGACGUGGACAACAGACAGCAGUACCAAAGCCUCCUUCAUAUCGUUUGUAGGGGACUUGCAGAUUGGUAUUUCCAGGACGGAUGCUCGGUCCUGGCUGCAUGCUGCCACCUGGCUGUCGACAACAUCCAGGAGGCCAUGGUCAACCUGAUCCGUGGAAACGAGCUGGAGUUGGCUGCAUUUGUUGGACUCGUCCUGGGAGAGGCUGCCAGUCAGAGCACGGCUUAUUGCCUUGAACUGUUGGCGAGGAAGUACAUGACCCCCUCAACAUGGGAGCUUUCAGUUGACCUGCUGCAGAUGAUUCCCGACAACCAUAUUUUACUGGCUAAGCUGUGUACAUUUUACCCAGGAAGCUCUGCGGAAAUCAACCAACUGCACGAGAGGUGUGGUCUUCCUCCCAUGGAUGAAUGUAAGACUCUGGCAGAAGAAGCAGUGAGCAGCGGAGAUCUCAUCUCUGCGGUUAAGUUCCACCUGCUCAGCUCUGAACCUGAAGACGCCCUGACGAUAGGCAUCGGUUAUGUCAAAGAGCAGCUGUCUGGAUCUGAUUGGACGGUGGAUGCCGUUCAUCCAAUCCUGGAUCUGAUGAGCUACAUUCGGACCGAGCGCCUCGUCAUGGCCAAGAUGACAGAAGCGCGCAGCGAGCUGUUGAUCCUGUGUGGUUACAUCGGAGCUCUGCUCGCCAUCAGAAGAAACUACUGCAGCAUCGUUCCUGCUCUCUAUGAAUACACCAGCCAGCUGCUGAAGAGGAGAGAGGUCUGCGUCCCUCUGAAGAUCGAGCAGCUGUCGGUGGAGAUGGAUGCAUGGAGGGCGUGCACGCAACCCGACAGCAGUCAACCAUCAGAGAGCCAGUCAGAGGAGUUCAGCUGCCUGGAGAGGAGAAUUCUGCCAACAGAAUCAGCUACCUUGGUUCUGAACGGAGCCGAUUACGUGACUGGCUCAAACCUGCCGAGCCACUCGGACCUUCACCUGUCCUGUUUCACCGGACACAGGAUCCAGGGUCCAGUGUUUUUACUGGAGGACAAUAAAUCUGCCAUUUCCCUAAAUGAUGCGUUAAUGUGGGCCAAGGUGAACCCGUUCUCCCCGCUGGGAACAGGAGUCCGGAUCAAUCCCUUCUAACCUGGAGAGGAACCUGAACACAGAAGAGUAUUAACCGAGGAUGACAAGCUGAGCGGACAGGAACAUUUCAAAUGACUCGCAGUGGAAAGAACGUAGAUUAUUUUUAACCUCUAGGGUUCUGCUUUUCAGGACUACAUUUAAUUACAAAAACCAAACAUUUUACACCAAAACGUUCCAUCAUGUCAAGAAAAACUAAGCAUAAGUGAUCUGCCUGUAGAUCCAGCAGCUUUAAGUACCUUCCUAGGUAGAACCCUCUUUAAAGGUUUGUAGAACCCUCUUCAGCAGGGCCAUGAAGAAAAGAGAGUUCUGACAACUCCAUUGUUGAUGAUUGGCAACAUUUCAAAGACCAAUUUAACACACAGAGCUUCAGUUGUUUGUGGGAAGUUAGCCGCUCAUGCUAGCAUUGCCAUAGACAUUAGCAAACCAUGCUAAACUCCUGGAAAAAAGACAACAAGUCAUCAUUAUCACAUCGUUCUCUCUGCUUCUACCUAGCAUUAAAAAAUAAAAAUGAAUGUGUGAGAUGGAUAAAACGGAAAGUUUGUUAGAUGCACAGCUAUACAGAAUACAAGGCAUACAAUAAAUACAAAUGUAAA